CGCUGGCGAAGUAACGUUUUUACGGAGCGCCAGAGCUUAAGGUUUAGCUGUUUAGCAGUUUAAGUCAUGCCUGGAGCAGACGCCGAAGUUAGUUUGCCGGCUGAGACGAGUGACCACCACCCUAUCCAGAGUGGCAGCGGAAACAAUAAUGCAAAUGUGAUCAAGUCCAAGCUGGCAGAUGUGAGUGAUUUGCAAGACUACUACGAUGCGUUGGACGAGCUGGAAAAGCAAAAUGGGAAACUGCAAACAUUCAACACCAUGCCAGAGACAGACACGAGAGAUAGAUGGCCAACGUUGUUUGAAAUUUUGAAUAAGAAAACACAAUCACCGUUAGACCUAUGGUCUUUUUAUGUCUUCAUGAGGGACGAGGCGCACUCUAUUGACUACAUUGACUUCUGGAUCGACACGGUACAGCACAUCAAUCUGUGUAAGGUAUACGUGAAAGGCUUGAAAGAUUCCCUACUUGUGAGUGCGAGAGCCAGGCAGUCAGAUAUAGUUUCAAACGCGUUGAACGUCAAUAACAAGUCGCUGCUGAUCGGUGAAAUUGAACCUCCACAGACAAGGUACAGCGUUAAGCGUUCUGACUCCGUGAAACAUGAUGCCGCCACAAACAGAGCAUCACAGAACAGUAGUAAAAACUCCGGGUCUUCUUCGAUGCUAUUAGAUCUAUUGAUGAAGCAUGACUUGUUUGAAGGAGAAGACCCCCACAGGCUCUCCACCUUUCUUAGAGGUGAGCAUUCUGUGAGAACCAGUGAUCCGGUGGUCAAUGCCAGGAUCGACGAAAUCAAGAGAAAAUCACAAAAUUUCCCGUCGUCCACGAGUAUCAACCAGGCCGAUAUAACGGAAGGGUCGAAAAGCAACCACUCUUCAUCUAACUUCAGGAUAUCAAGAAUCAACCCUGAGAUGGUUGAGACGUUAAUCCAAGACGAUUUUGAUACAAAGCACAGGUCAUACGACAAAGCACAUUUAAUAAGUCGGGUAUCUUUGCGCAAAUCGACACGUAAUAUUUUAAACACCUAUCUUUCUGAUGACGCAGAAAAACGAAUAGAUCUACCUACAGAGAUACUCGACAAGGUCAGGUUUGAGCUAGAAACCCAGGGGAGAGAUGAUCCAGAAGUUUUUGACGAGGCAAGGGAGUAUGUUUUCAAAGCAAUGGAAUACGACGCAUAUCCCAACUUUUUGAGGAACCACGCCUUAAAGAAUGUGACGAGAAAAUCUGCAGCAAUCAGAAUAAUGUUGUCGAUGAUAUCGGGUUUGGCUGCCUUCUGGACGGGUUACACGCUAAUUUUCAUGAACUACGAACCAAAGCCGACCAGAGCUGUGGUCGUGGUUCCCUUCUUUUUCAUGUCAUAUUUCUUCUUCACUGCGUUCUACAGGGUGGACCCGAUUCUGUGCUACGCGGGCUACUGCGAGAGCAAUUCCACUCCUGGAGGGGUCCUCCCUAUACGAGAGCCGUAUGUGAAAAAGCUCUUGCGCAAGAGGUCCUGGUUUGUAUUGACGGUGCUUUGUGCUGUUGCAGCAGCUUUCAGUGUGAUUUUUGCCCUUGUUCCGGGGAGAAGACUCACCCACUCUUCUUAAAGGACUGUUUUCUCAUGUUGUAAGCCUACUACCUCUGUAUUUUUAUGUUCUCUAUACUUUAUACUUCUUUUCUUGUGUAUUAUAAUCAUCUUCUCUUGCUCU